GGGUUUUGGGUGAGAUGUCCAGACUCUAUUCUAGACGCUCUUUACAAAUCCAACAAACCUUUUGAGUCGUAAUCAUGGAUGUAAGAAUUACGUCUAAUUAAUACUUAAUGAGGUAUUAAAUAAAUAAGUUAUGUACAAGUAAUAUUGUUUAACAACAAAUCAUAUAAAUAUUUAUUUCUAAAUAAUAUAUAUUUAACGGCAAAAGUUAUAAAAGAUUUGUAAGUGCAAUUAAACGUGAAACAGUCUGCAUGCAGUAUGAACGGCGAAGGAUUUUUGUCUUAAAAUCUGUAAAGUGAGAUGAGGAAAAUAACCUAUUGUACAUUGAUAUAUUACACAUAAUUAAUUCAGUCUAACGAUAAUAAAGAUCAGUAGAAGCAUAACCUAUGUUAUGUUCAACGAUUCAUUAUGGCAGUUCCUGAAGUCACGAUAGAAACUCUGAAAGCUGCAAUGACAAAUAUUGUAACAGCACUGAACACGCCGGAAAAUGCACAGAAAUUGUCAGAGGCGAAGGAAAGAUCUGGUAAUGACGUGUUGAAAAUGAUGCAGAUUGUAUUUCCCAUAGUAAUGCAGGUUCAAAUGGAUGUUAUAAAAAAUUAUGGAUAUCCAGAAGGAAGAGAAGGAAUCACAUGUUUUGUGCAACAAGUUCGGAAGCUUGAACUAAUGAAUGCUGAAAUAAGGCAAUUGAAUACUCAAGUACGCUCUUACUUCCUUCCAUGGCUCAAAGACAACUCUGCGAUGGACUUAUCUCCUUAAUUAAUCAUAAAUUUUUUAUUAAACUUUUAUAUAUAUAAAUAUGUAUUAUGUAUAUGUAACAUGUAUCUCUUAAUAAAUAAAAUAAAUUUGAAGUGAAGAUAAAUAACUUUUUUAUUCAAGAUUCAAUGUGAACGUUGUUGUUCUUUCCCAUUUUUUUACACAAUGAUUUCAGUUGUUUAAGUGUGUAUAGACUCACGAUUAGUAUAAUCAGACUUGUAUGUACAAGGUUUAGUCUGGAAAGCAGUGUUAAAGGAAUUUCAGAUGCUUAAUGUGAGAAAACUUAAAAAUCUUUAUAUUUAUUUGUAUAAUAUUAAUAAGUAUAUCAUAUAUAAUCUACUAAAAUAUAUAAUAUUUAUUUAUAUAAAUGUUCUUUGAAUUUUUCUGCAAUUACAUCGGCUCUAAAAGCUAAACAAGAAUAUUCCAUUGUUCGCACAGAGAUGAAGCUGUGUAUAUAUCAUGAUUUCAUAUUUGUUACUUAAAUAAAACAGGUAAAAAAAUAUAGGUACAUAAACGAAAUCAAGAAAUACAGGGUACAUCAUCCGAUAUUUAAUUAGCAUGAUGACUAAUGGAAUCCAUAUCUUCAAAUCGCUAAGUUAUCGUACAAUAAAAAUCUUUAUGCGUCAAUGUGCACGUAUCACGUACAAUUUAACUUCAUAUCCUGGCGAACAUCUGGAUAAAUAAUAGAUAUUAAAUAUACAAUUUCACUCAUAUAAGCAAGUAUAUGUUAAAAUUGCAUAAAGCCAACAGAAAUUAUAGAUUUAACGAUAAAUAAUACAUUGGAAUUAUUUGCUCGACGUUACGUAGAACAGCUUGAAUCGUGCAAUUUCUGAUUUACUUGAGUAGAUAAGCGAAUACAGUUCCCCUUUGUCAAUGCUUCAUAGCUAAGAAGUUUCUUUGUAUAAAAUUGUAAAAUGCAUUAUUUUGAAGAAAAAGAUGAUCCAUACAUGCACGAGAUUAACGAUUUCGCCUGGAAAAAUUGUAUCUUUGAUCUAUAUACUACUCAUAAACAGAUAAAUAUUAGAUCACGUAGUAGCAGAUGCAUAUCAUUGAUACAGUUAGCAUAUCUAAGAGAGAAAAAAAAAAAAA